AUGGGUCCCCCGGGGCUGGUGGGGGCGCUGCGGCGCCCGGACGGAUCGGCGGGGCGUCGGAUGGCGGGGCGCCGCAUCGGGGGGAUCGGGGGAUCGGGGGAGCGGGGCGGCCCGUUCGCUCGCUCGCUCUCCGGCCGCGGCCUUUCUGCCGCCUCCCCGGGCCCCCGCCUCGGCACGGUUUCCCUUCCGGCCGUCACCCUGGCUCGGUCCUGUCUGGAUGGUGUCUUCCUCUCCUCCGCCGAGAAUGAAUUUGUCUGCUCUGUCACUGAGGAGCUGGAUCGCUUCGUGCUGCAGAAGCAGCUGGGAAAAGUGCUUCUCUUCCCACCUCUGUCCAGCCGCCUCCGGUACCUGAUUCAUCGAACUGCAGAGAACUUUGACCCCCUGAGCAGCUUCUCGGUCGGGGAAGGCUGGAGGAGAAGGACCGUCAUCUGUCACCAGGACAUCAGGUUACCCAUCUCCGAGGGUGAUUCCGGCCCCGGCCAGGGCCACCAUGCCAAGGGCAGGAGCCAGGGGCUCAGAGCCACCCCGUCCGGGGAACCCUCGGCCGGGUUCCGGGGCGGGCGCGGACACCGUGGGCAGCGGGGCCGCAAACCGGACCAGGCUCUGUACGUGCCACGGGCGCUGCGCAGGAAGGUGCCCUGGAGACCACGCCCGCUCAAGGCCGGCGACCCGGAGGAGAAGAAGGCCACGGAUCCAGCCCGCGGGGAGCCCAGCGACGUUGACGGCGGCGCGGAUCCGUGCUCUCGACCGAGCCAGGAGCUCCCUGAAGUGCCCGAGCCCGCAGAGCCCGAACGAGACCAGAGCCAGAGCGGUGAAAGUGAGCCACUGCGGCCGCUGCAGGACGGUCCGGACCCGCCGGGCUCAGAGCGCUCGCCGGUCGAGGGAAGCAGCCUGGAAGUAGCAGAGCACCUUAGGUCUGGCUUGAGCCUGUCCCUGGAGGGAGCAGACGGGAGUAGCCUGGCAGACGGUGUGAUCGGGGAAGAGGAGGAGGAGGAUGGCCAGUCAGAGGACGAUGGCACUGAGCUGCUGCAGGAGAUCGUGGACCACCUGAACAAGAAGGAUAUUCAGGUUGAGAAGAUUCACGUGGACACUUCCAGGUUUGGGGACGAUGAGGUGGGCGAGAGUGACUUUGGGCAUGUGGUCGAGAUCUUUGACUUUGAGCCAACGCUGAAGACCGAGGACCUGCUGGAGACUUUUUCUGAAUUUCAGGAGAAAGGUUUCAAGAUCCUGUGGGUGGAUGACACGCAUGCGUUGGGCAUCUUUCCUUGCCUGGAAUCAGCGACCAAAGCCAUGGCAAAGGAUUUCCUGUCGCUUAAGAUCCGACCCCUCACCCAGGGAACAAAGCAAUCUAAGUUCAAAGCUCUGCAGCGCCCAAAGCUCCUGCAGCUGGCGAAGGAAAGGCCACAGACCAACACGACCGUGGCGCGCAGGUUGGUGGCCCGGGCUCUGGGUUUGCAGAAGGAGAGGAAGGAGAGCGCAGCGGGGCCGGGCGGUCCUCCUCCCCGCUGCGAACCGCCAAGCCCCCCGCAGCCGGCGGACUCCCCGGAGCCCCCCGGCCCCCCGGAGCCUACGGGACCCCCGGCUGAGUGAACGCAGCGACUCCAGACUCCGGGGUUUGAGCCCCCCCGCUGCCCAGGGGUACGAGGCUUAGCUGCGGGCCACCUGCGGGUUUGAGAUUUGGUGGUUAACAUUCAAAUGGGAUUAACUUAAAUGUUGUUCAUAACGUGGCUUGCCCCCCUCGCCUCCCCCAGGGGGACCAGUACUACUGAUUCCAUCCGAGCCGCUCUUACUGUAGACGACUAGGGGGAGCCAGAGGAUGUAGCUCUCCAGAACGUGGCGGUUUCGAGGAGAUCUGGUCACCCGGUAGGGAGAGGGGAUGGGGUGAGGUCACUCCUGGCCUCCCAGCCCAAUUCCACGUGUAACCUGAUAACGCUGCUACUCUGCCCCGUGGAUAUCGUGGUGGGUACAGUGAGUGCCCCCUGUCCCCAGCCUCCUCUCGGAGAGACCUCCUUCCCACCGGAGCCGAAACGGGCGAUGGGAUUUUCUGAUGGAGAACAAAACCACUCAGGCCCCUGGGGGUUGUUGCUAGGGAUCGAAUGUUUGCGUGGGUUGUUAAAAAAAAAAAAAGCGGUUCACUGUGGAAAAUAAAUGUUAGAGUACAAAAAUGUGUAGCCUGAGACACUUCUGCUGAGUGGAAUGCUCCCUUCCCCAGGGUGUCUUCAGCCAGAAGGAGUAGCAUUCUGGAAACAGUGAGUGGAGAGGGAGGGAGGGGGUUGCCGGGGCCGUUGAUGGUGGUGCUGCUGUCUCUUCCCCACGAGGGCCGCAGAGAGAGUCACACUCCCUCUCCAGACAGGAGGCUCCGGGCUUAGGUCAGAAGCAUGAGGUGGUCGGAAGGAAAAGUUUGAAUUUGAAAGAAGCCUGGCUUUCUAGAAGAGCGGGGACGUUAAGGUGAGGUCUACUGCCAUAGUGGAGGGGACAGUUAAUCAGGAGAAAAACCGGAAUUACCCAGGUACUCGAAGAAAUGGCAUUCUUCCCUCGCUCGAUUAUCCAGCCGUUUUCCCAACCCUCCCCCGGCCUCUGGCCCGAACAGACAUGCCCUUGGCCUCCUAGGAAUUCUACCCACUUUCUGCUGAUAGGUAGGUUAAAACAAGAGUUCCGUUAAUGGCUGUCACCCAAAAAGAGGCGAGCGGAGGGAUUAGGACCCAUCUGCCGUGGUGGUGAUUCCCAGCCUCCAGAACCUUUCUCAAAUACCACCGUCCUACCAGCUGCUAUAGUGCUGUUCCGCUCAGGCAGUGGAUACGUUGGCUCAGGCGGGACCUCUGAUUCCCAACUCUUCUUGAAAAAAAGGAAAAGGCCUGGAAGAGAAAGGGGGACAGAGCCAACAAGCCGGAUACUGCAGGAGGCUGUAGACAGCACCACCUGGGAAAAGAGAAUAGAUAUCCAUUUGCUGGAUGGUUCAGGCAUUCAUUUCCCCUGCCAGAGGUGGGAAGCUGGACCAGGCGAUCGCUCACAUGCCCUUCCAGCUCCGUGCCGGUCCGUUCGGCCUCCUUAAAGCGAGAAAGGGCCUAGAAGACAGGUGUUCUGGAUCCCACCCUACCCUUUGGGCCUUGGGUGAGGUUUGACUGGGGGACGGUGAUAACGAGGGUCCGGUUCUCAGAAAGGGAAGAGAGACACCAGCUGACGGGUCUCUAAUGAAACGCCCACUCAUUGCAUAUGAUAAACCAUUUAUUCUGGGGACAAACAACUGUGAUUCAAGUAUGUGUGGGUGUCUCUGACGACCCCUGGCCAUCAGGGAGUGUCCUCCAGAAACCAAGGGCCGGGAAUAGUUUAGCACCAUUCAUUCGCCUUUGCCAAAAGGAAACCGCUCAAGACAACAACGACAAGUCAUUAUACAGGUGGCUUUUUGCUGUAUUUAAGAAGGCCCCGCUGCCCAAUAUGAAAUGCCAAUAAAUUACUGUGUUUCUAUUGGA